AUGUAUUGUAAGGUAAACCUGCAGUUCGGUCAAGUAUAUAUAGUUCCUGGGCACACAGUAAACAGCGGUCAACGGAACAUCCGAGUUAAUGUAUUUGUGAAGUACUGUAUGUCACAAACACAAAACCAUACCCGUUCUGUACCACUAUCUCCGGCCCCUCAACUCUUUACAGAUCGAAUUUCCCUCCUUUCCAUCUUUUUUUCUCAACCUCAACCUAAGCAGAACUUUUCCACAUUGAUUCUUCUUGCAAUUUGUUCAAUUCUUCUAGAUCGAUUCAUCUUCGACCGCAAAUUCAAUGGUUAUCAGAUCGGUGCAUUCCCAGAAAUACGCUUGACAGCGCCAUCCCCAGCCCCGACCUCCGACCAGGUUGAUCCGCUCCGAACAAGCGAUUCUCCCGCAGAGCGCAGCGCCUGUCGCUGUACGUCCCCCCCGGCUCUCUCUCACUGAUUCCGUCCUCCUCUUCCCACUGUGAGAUCCACAUUUCUUAGACUUCCCUUUUCUA